AUGGGUCUCACAACGCUUUUGGUCGCGUCUCUCGCAGCAAUCGGCAGCAAUGCCUUCCCGUUGCUAAACCCCAUUCAAAUGAUGCAGAAGGCAGGCCCAGCAGCUGGUGUGGUCAUUCAGAAAUGCUCUUCUCCAGGACAGAUCGCUCUUGCUUAUGAUGACGGGCCAUACCAGUACACCCAAAAGCUUGUUGACACCCUUACAGAGGGUGGGGCAAAGGGAACCUUCUUCGUGACGGGCACACUAUAUGGCUGCAUCUACGGCCAGAAGACGGCGCUGCAGAACGCCUACAAAGCCGGCCACCAAAUUGCCUCACACUCGUGGUCGCACCCGCAGAACUUCGGCUCCAUGUCUACAGCCGACCUGACGUCGCAGAUGCAGAAGCUUGAGACGGCGCUGCUCAACAUCAUCGGCGUGAAGCCGACCUACAUGCGCCCACCGUACCUCGCGACCGGCGGCUCCGUCUUGUCGACCAUGAAGACCCUGGGUUAUCGUGUCAUCACCAACGACAUCGACACCGGCGACUGGAACAACCAGACGCCGCAGCAGAGCCAGCAGAAGUUCACCCAGGCCGGCGCCAGCGGCAAUGGACAUAUUCCUCUCAUGCAUGAGACAUAUGCUAGCACUGUUAACACGCUCACGCCCUGGUUGAUCAAUUGGGCUAAGCAGAAUAACUUGAAGUUGGUGACUGUUGCUGAGUGUCUGGGCGACCCCGAUGGCGCAUACGUCAAUGGAACAGGCAAUGGAGCAUCAUCAUGCUAG